AUGGAAUAUCCUUCUUUAUUUUCUAUGAUUCAGUUUAUGCCAAAUGUAAGCGUAUCCCCAUUUUGGUCAAUACUUACGCAAAUUACAGAGUCUCAAAUCGAUUGGCCUGAUAUAAUUCCUUGCAAUUCUACAUCAAAAAUCAUUGAAGGCCUUAAAUUCAUAAAUAAUAUCGAAUAUGACGAGUGUAGAGCUAUGAUAAUGCUGAAUUUCAUCGAUAGAUCUCUAAAAGAACAUAAAUUCGAAACAAUAUUUUCCGAUGAUUUACAAAUACAGCAAGAAGUACAAAAAUUUAUAGAUAUUUCAUCGAAAAAUCCUAUAACAAAGGAAUAUUCAACUCUCAUUCGUUUGAAAUUAACUCAAUCAAACGAUAAUUUUUUAAAUUUACUAAAUAACCUUGAUUCUCAGUUCAUACAAUCCAACAAUCAACAAAACAUUCCAAUUAGUAUCAAUACCAAACGAACAAAUGCUCCUAGAUCAUCAAUUGCCCUUUUUUACAAUAAAUCUGAUGAAAAACUUAAUGAAACAGAUGAUUCAUAUUCAUCUCCGAAUGAACUCUUUGAAGAAUGCAGCCCUGAAGGAUUUUCGCUUGUUCAAGAAGAUUUUAGUUUUGAAUCACAAAAGAAACCAAAAAAAACAAAGAAAAACAUCAAAAGAAGAAACAUUGAUUACUUUGAUAUGCCAGCAGCAGUUGCAGAUGCAAGUAUUGACAUGCUUUAUGAGGAAAUGCUGAAUUAUGUUAAUUUGUAUAGAAAUUUCUUAGUCAACGUUAUAAGUGAAGUUCACUCAAAAGUUAUUGAGAUAAAAACCAAUAAAAACUUCCCAGAAAUUGAAGAUUCAAAUUAUCAGAGACAUAUUGAAGAAAUGGAAAGGAAAUUGGAUGAUCUAAUGAUAGAAUUAGAUGACUGUAUGGAUAAAAUAGGAAGAGUUGAAGAAAAUCAUUUGAAAAUGCAGAGAAGAAUUCAAUCUCAAUUAAAUUUGCAUUGGAGAAUCAUGAAUACUUAUGAAGAAGAUUUCCUUAACGAAAUAUGA